AUGAGCUUGACAGAAGUUAUGGCUCCUCCUUCUUCUGCAGGGAAAAUGACUUUGAUGGAGGGAAUAGCAUUGAAGAGCAGAAUUCUGAGCAAGAAAGAAGUCAAUCUGUUGAUAUCUACUUUAGCGGGGAUCAACCGGCGAAAAGAAGGAGAAAAUUGGAGAGACGAAAGCUUCGAAAAAGAGCGCACGGAAUUAAUCUGUGAGUGCUGUGACAGAAUAACGAAUUAUGGAAAAGAGUCUAUGGAGAAGGGAAGGUGA